UUUUUAUGUGCUUGCAGGUGUUCCCCAAUGCAAAAUGCUAGUGGAAAAGGAUUUCUGGAGAUUGUCAAGGUUUUAGUUGACUCUGGGGGCGAUAUCAACCAUAGAGCAGAAAAGGGAAAAACAGCUUUAGAUAUGGCUAAAGAUCGUGGAAACUGGGAAGUUGUCAGAUAUCUUCAACAAGUCUUACAAUUAAGGUUUAAACCAGGAUCACAGCAUUAUGGCAGGAAUUCGGAACAAGAGAGAAAUGAUCGACCGUUAAACAGUGUCCCUGAGGAGUCAGAUUCGUAUAAUGCUGAUCAUCAGACGACUGAUAACAUCAAUACGCAGAAAUAUCACACAGCUGAUAGGGUCCAAGUUCAAGAGAAAUAUCAGACAGCUGAUAGGGUUCAAGAGAGGGUUUUAGAUGAAAUAUUUCAACCUGAAGAAGAUAAAAAGCAAGUGAAGGAAGAGAAAAAAGAAGAAAAAAUGGAAAGAAAGACCCCCCAUGAAAAUAUGAAAACGGUGGACAAGCUAUCACAGGAUGCGGAUGAUAUUAAAAAUGUGUAUAGUAUUAAGAUAAGAGAUAUAGAACAGGAGAUAGAAAAAUGGUUUGUUCAUCUAGAAUCUGUGAAGCAAGAAAGAGACGAAAAGAUUUACGAAAUAGAGGAACAGAUAAAAGCUUUGCUGAUAAUAUAAAAAUUAAACUACGCCAUGUCAAUUUAAAUCUUUAAAUAAAAGCAUAGAAACUGCUGGA